AUGCCUCAUUUAAAUUCCAUGACUGCGCAUGGGAUCCAUGGAGUGAAGCUCCAUGAGAUUGGGAAGCGCGAUCGUAUGUGGUGGCAUUACCCCGGCCUGGGGACACUCAACAUGCUGCUUCUUGGCUGUAUUGUGUGCGAUAUGACGAAUGGAUAUGACGGUUCAAUGCUCAAUGGUCUUCAAAUUACCGCUCAGUGGCAAACCUUCUUCCAUCACCCUGAAGGCACUCAUCUAGGCACUCUUAGCAAUGGUACCCGAUACGGUCAGAUUGCGUCCCUCCUAGUGGUGGCGCCUCUACUCGAGAAGCUUGGGCGACGUCGCCCUAUUGCAAUUGGAUCCUGUAUUCUGCUCAUAGGCGUGGCUCUCCAAGCUGCUGCGCAAAACUAUGCUAUGUUCCUUGUUGGUCGUCUAUUGAUUGGAUUUGGCAACUCCAUCCAAAAUCUUGCAUGCCCAGUUCUUGCUUCAGAACUGGCCCACCCCUAUCAACGGACUCAAAUUGUUGGUAUUCAGAAUACGACUGGGUCACUCGGGCAGAUUAUAGCGGCAUGGGUUACUUAUGGCACGGCAUUCAUGGUCAGUUCCUGGGCAUGGCGUCUGCCGUCGUUACUCCAGGCCUGCUCCUCCGUUUUCCAAUUGAUUAUGAGUUUCUUCAUACCUGAAUCCCCUCGAUGGUUGGUCGCCCAGAACCGGCGUGACGAAGCAUGGGAAAUCUUGAAGAAGUACCACGCCGAAGGGGACGACGAUUCGCAGCUAUUACAGUACGAAAUGCAAGAAAUCGAUGCUGCAAUCGAGGCUCAGAAGAUGCAGUCUCGUACUUCAUGGCUGGAAUGGUUCCGUACCCCGGCAAACCGCUACCGGUUGUUCAUUGUUGUUACUUCAGGCUUUAUUAUCCAAUGGUGCGGAAACGCUAUUAUCUCAUACUAUAUACACCUAGUAUUCAACUCCAUCGGUAUAACCUCCACCAAAAAACAGCUACUCAUCAACGGUGGUGCUACGAUCAGUGGCUUCGUUUGGGGCAAUACGUGGUCACUUGUCAUUGACCACUGGGGUCGCCGACCGAUGUAUCUCAUCGGUAUGGCGGGUAUGUUCGUAUCCUUCUUGAUGAUUACUGUUUUCACUGGGGUCAACCAGAGCAUCAACUUCUCUAAUGAUGGUCUUGGCAACGCCACCAUCUUUGCCAUCUUCCUUUUCGGCUUCUUCUAUAAGAUGCCCGGAUGUAUGCUCAAUUCCUAUGUUGCUGAGGUGGCGCCAUUUGAGCUGCGUGCAAAGGCUUUUGUUAUUAGCGCCUUUGGUGACGCCGCUGCAAAUAUUUUCAGCGGUUAUGUAAACCCAAUUGGCCUCGUGGCCAUCCGGUGGAAGUAUUACAUUGUAUGGUGCUGCAUUUUGGUCAGUAAUUUCAUGAUCGGCUACUUCUUUUACCCCGAGACCAAGAAUCUCAGCUUGGAGGAAGUUAAUGAAUUAUUCGACGGUUCGACUUUGAAUGUGAAGAGCGUGGACGUGGAGAUCAAGGUAGGGAAGGAUGAGGAAAAUUUCGAAGUAUCUCAUAUCGAGUAG